CUAGGCUAGCAUAUGUCUUAACCAUUCCACCCAAGGCACCAAUUGGCGCGUGGUCAGGUCUUGACAUCCAACAUACAGCUGGUCGGCAUGGUUGCCUGCCGGAUCGCCCACGAAUGGCCCAAUGAUGGUGACCUGAAUGCCACCGGUAGGCUGUCGGUAGGCUGAUCAUCAGCCUCAUACCCCGCACGAGUGGCGAAGCACCAGGCGCGCCCGUUCGAUCGUGAGUCAGACAGGAACGUUGAAUGCCCUUUAAAAGCGAUGAGACAUGGCAUGAUUGGAUAGGUCUGCUAGCCACAUCAGGAUUCGAGAGUGACAGAGAGCCGCAUCUCAACCGCGGGCUUAUUUGGCUGCUCGUCCACUCGUUAACUUACUACCUGCGCUUGUCUUUUCCACCCCUCAUCUUCAACCUCACUUUCGUCUUUCAUCUGCUCGAUACCUAAUUAAAACUGCUAAUGGCCUUAACAACCCUCCCCAACGAGCUCCUCCUCGCCAUCACGAGCAACCUCACCGACCAGUCCGACCUGAAUGCCCUCGUCCAAACCAGCCGCCGCCUCUACGAAACCCUCGACGAAGAACUUUACCGGCUGAAUGUAGAAGACGGCAACAGCAGCGCCCUGCUCUGGGCCUCGCUCCACGGCCACGAAGCCAGCGUGCGCAAACUCCUCCGUCUCAAAGCCGACGUCAACGCCUGCACCAGUAUGCGCGAGACGACCCUCCCCGCAGCGAUCUCCGUCGAGAAUGCCUCCAUCGUCACGCGAAACCUCCAGCAGGAGAUCACCAAGGGUCGCGCACGUCUCAUCGCUUCGCCGCUCCUCUACGCUGCCGCUAUGAACCACACGGCUAUCAUGCGCUUGCUCAUUGACGCCGGCGCGGAGGUCCAUCGUCGGCAUGGCUGCCACCGGAUCCCUAUCAUGGCUGCUGCUGACCAAGGCCGUGUUGACGCUCUGGAGAUGCUCCUCGAUGCGGGUGCUGAUAUCGAGGCCCACGGCACGAACUGUAAUACUCCGGUCAGUCUCGCUGCUUCAAAGGGCCACCUCGCCGCCGUCAAGGCCCUCCUCGCUCGCGGCGCCACUGUCGAUACCGCCCGUCGCGGCCGCACCGCUCUGAUGCGCGCCGCGCAGAUCGGCCACUACGACACCGUGCGCGCGCUCCUCGACGCCGGCGCCGAUGUCGCCCCGCACGACCACAGCGAACGCACGGCCCUGAUGGCCGCCGCCCAAUCCGGCGACUACGACACCGUGUGCGCGCUCCUCGACGCCGGCGCCGACCCCUCCGAGAAGGACUACACUCACCGCACGGCCGCCACUUUGGCCAUGGACGGCGACCACGACAACAUCGCACUCGUCCUGCUCGAGGACGGCGGGGCAAACCCCAACGCCCCCAGCGACAACGGCACCACCGCGCUCUUCGCAGCCGUACACCAAGGCAACGCCUCAACGGUAAACACCCUCCUACAGCAUGGCGCCGACCCAAACCAGCCGCGCACACCGCGCGGCACGACACCCCUAACCCAGGCGCUGCACGCAGCCGACACGCCGAUCGUGCGGGCGCUCCUCGACAGCGGCGCCACCUCGCGCCCGGCAAACCUCCGCACGGCCCUGCGCGGAGCAGCCCUAUCGUGGGACUCCACCGAGGGGGAGACCUUCGAGAUCGCCCGGCUGCUGAUCGAGCACGGCGCAGACCCGAUGAGAGACCUCUACGACGGCGGGCGGCGGCUCCUCCUCGCGGUGGCAGCCAAGGGCGACACCGAGUUCCUAUCCGCGCUGCUCGCGCGCUGGCCCCUCGACGUCAACUGCAGCGCCCGCAACGGCAGGACGCCGCUGUUUUUCGCGGUCCAGCAGGGGAAUCUCGAGAUGGCGCGCUUGCUGCUUGCGCGUGGCGCGGACCCCAAUCGCGUCAAGGACGGACGGUCACUGGUGCGGUGGGCGGAGGAGCGCGAUGGUGCUGAUGGUGCGUCCUUGGUGCAGUUGUUGGUGGAGCACGGGGGGCGGUGCGAUGGGCUUGGGCGAUUGGACCCGGUGGAGCUGAUGAUUGAGGCGCAGGAGUCGAUCUUGUCGGGAAUGGCCGAGAUGGGGUUGUAG